UCUCUCUUGUAAUAUUUCUAAGUGUGUGCUUUGCUUUGAAGUUGAAUAAAAAAAGGUUUUUGUAAGUUCUUUUCAAAUUUCAAAUUAUUGUUUUUAAUUCUAUUAUUUAUUUCUUCUUUUAGUGGCAUGUCUUUAGUGGUAUCUUUAGUGGAAUUUGUAGUGGUUUAUUUACUCUUUUAUAUUAUAUCUUUAGUGGAAGUUGUAGUGCUUUGUGUGUUUCCAUCCAUUAUUUGUAUUUUUGUGUAUCCAUAUAUAUAUAUAAUAUAGUUCAUAUAUAUAUAUAUAUAUAGACACAUAAGGGUCGUGAGCGAGAAAUACCUAUAUCGUACGCAUAUAGAGUGUAUAACUUCGUAUACAUUUUAAAAAAUCUCUAAUAUUCAAUUUUUGAACAAAUAAAGACCAAAAUGCUGAAAAGAUUAAAGUGUUCAUGUAUAACUAAAUAAAAAAAAGGUUAAAAAAUUAAUAAAAUGUGGAACAUCAAUCUAUCCACUGGUGGUGGGUCUAUGUUCUAUCCGGUCGAAGUUGUCAGAAUGACGAUGGAGAAGAGGACGAAGGAUCAAACAGAGAGGAGGCGCAGAUGAACCAAGGAUAAUAAGAAAAUUUUAAUUUAUUCAAUACAUAACAUUAGUAAAUUUUGUCAUUUGACUGUUAAAAAGGGAGUUAUGUGUAAUAACAUUUCAUUUCAUUUUUAGGAAAGAUCUGUCUAAUUUAUCCAAAAAUUUAUUAACCCCCAAAACCUAAUAAUUUUACUCUUUACCAUAUCAUUCCUAUAUAUUUUUAAAAAAAAAAAAAAAAAAUUGUUAAAUGGGAGGUGGGGGGCCAGAAGGGACGCGGUGAGAGAAUUUAAAUGGGCGCGUGGACGGGCCAUGGUGGUCUUUUGAUAAAUGGUUUUGGGAAAGGCACCCAGCCAUUUCUAACACGAAACAAUAUCAGUUUUGAACUUCCCAAAAAAAAAAAAAAAAAAAAAAAAAGAACAAUAUCAGUUUUGUCCUUUCAACAUUUUUAGAAAUGAAAAGACGUAAAUUAUUCUCUAUAUUCAACUUAUAGCUUUUUGGAAAUGCUCAAGCUUCCCUUGUUGGUGUUUGCAUCGUUUAAAUUAGGAAAAUGAUUGAGAGUUGACCCAUAUGACAAUUUAUACUAAUUUAUAUGAUUUUAGAUUGAUGUCAUCGUGAUGUUAUUAAUUAAUAUCGACAUUUAUCUAAAUAUAAAUAUAUAAAACUCUCGUACAUUAUACUUAAGCUUCUCUCCUACAUGUAUACUCACCUUAUAUUCUCUCAUGGACCAUGACCGCUUCCAAGUCUCAAUAGACUAUUUGGGUGUCGGUUUUGUACUCUAUUUUAUUAUCUUUUAGAGUAUAUAUAUCAGUUUCACAACAUACACACCAUUUAAGUUAGAAAUGCUGUUACCUAAAGGACUUAUCUUCCAAAUUCUUACUAAGGUCGAUAACUCAAUUCAGACUUAUUUAAUUAAAUGUGUUUGAUAACACAAUUUCAAAAUCACUGAAUACCACUUAAAAUGAAAUAAAAUUUUAAAUAACACGUGCACCACUUAUUAUCAAAUGCUAAACACUAAAAAUUCAAAACUAUAUUAAAAAAUAUUUAUUUUUAUGUAAUACUUUAAAAUUUAACAUUUAAAAUUCAAUUCUUAAUUAUUAUUAUAUUUUUUAAAGUUCUUAACAUUUUCAUUACUUAAUUUUAUCAAAUCACACCCAAUUCUCUCUCCAAAUUAGGAUAUUAAAUCAAUUAAAUAUUGCUAUUAUUUUUGCAGAUACAUUGGAUUUUCAUUUAUUCCAAUUUGCGGUUUUUUUUCAAUUCAUUUCACACCAUUAAUAUUGCUUCUUUCCAAAAUUAGAAGAUCCGUCUUCUUCUUCUUGUCCUCUCACAUAUUCUAAACGUUUAAAUACAUAUUUUGUAAACACAAUCCAAUAUAUAUAUAUAUAUCCCUCUCUCACUUCUUCAACAAAAAGAAGAAUCCAACCAGAGUCGAUCUCUGUGAUUGACAAAAUGACGAUGAAAUUGAGGGCUGUCAUUAACUUUCUUUUGCUAACGUGCGCUUCAUGGUGCGUUUACUCUGAUGAUGAUCGUCUUAUGGUGAACAUAACACUGGUUCAAAAUGCUUCGGCUCAAGGAGCUGUUUGUUUGGAUGGAAGUUUGCCUGCUUAUCAUCUUGACAGUGGAUUUGGCGAUGGAGCAAGCAAUUGGCUUCUAGAGUUUGAGGGUGGUGGGUGGUGUAAUGAUAUUAAGUCGUGUUUGGAGAGAGCCCAAACGCGUCGUGGAUCAUCAAAUUACAUGAACAGGACUGAAGUCUUCGCUGGAAUCCUCAGCAACAACGCUUCUCAAAACCCAGAUUUUUACAACUGGAAUCGUGUGAAGCUUAGAUAUUGUGAUGGAGCCUCUUUUGCUGGGGACGGCAAGUUCGACAAUGGGACAUCAUUGCUUUACUUCAGAGGGCAAAGGAUCUGGCAAGCAAUUAUUCAUGAUCUUCUUCCCAAAGGUCUGGGCAGUGCAGCAAAGGCUUUGCUUUCGGGGUGCUCUGCUGGUGGAUUGGCAUCUUUCUUGCACUGUGACAACUUCACCAGCUAUCUACCAAGCAAUGCUAGUGUAAAAUGUAUGAGUGAUGCUGGAUUUUUCUUGAACAUAAAAGACAUAAGUUUGAACGAAACCAUAAAAUCCAUCUACAAUGACGUCGUUUCUCUACAGGGGGUACAACAGAAUCUGAAUGGAAAUUGCACGAGUUCUCGUAGUGAUCCAAAACAAUGCUUCUUCCCACAGUAUGCAUUGCCUUACAUUAAAACGCCUUUCUUCGUCUUAAACGCGGCAUAUGAUGUGUGGCAAUUUCAUAAUAUAUUGGUGCCCUCUUCUGCUGAUCCGGGCCAAACCUGGAGCCACUGCAAGCAAAAUCUGACAGCAUGUAGUUCAGACCAAAUAAAUAUUUUACAAGGAACGAUAUGCUUGGAGCUUUGAGUGUAUUCUACAAUUCGUCGAACAGCGGAGGAAUGUAUAUAAAUUCUUGUUUUGUACAUUGCCAAAGUGAGCAACAGGACACUUGGUU